AUAUAUCGUGUUAUCUGAUUCGGGAACGAUAGCAUAGCAAAACGCCGCCAGUCUCAGUCGUGAAAGUGAGGCCGAGAAGCCAUGGCAGUGAGAAUGAAUUGCUCCUUACAAACCACCCUUUCCCUUUUCUCCCUCCGUCCCCGAGCUUCUCACCUCAACCUCAAGCAUCAUCUGCAUUUGGGUCAAACGCCGCCGCCACAUUCUCGUGGAGCUUUGUUCUGCAGCACCACAAGCGUCAAUACCUCUCCCUCAAACGAUGAAUCCUUCGUCCUCACCACCCCUCUCUACUACGUCAAUGCCCCUCCCCACAUGGGUAGCGCUUACUCCACCAUAGCCGCCGACGCCAUUGCUCGCUUCCAGAGGCUAUUGGGGAAGAAAGUUAUAUUUAUUACUGGCACGGAUGAGCAUGGUGAGAAAAUUGCAACUGCUGCCAUGGCCCAGGGUUCCACCCCUCGAGACCAUUGCGAUCUCGUAUCACAAGCUUACAAGACGCUUUGGAAAGAUCUAGAUAUUUCUUAUGACAAGUUCAUCAGAACAACUGAUAGCAAGCAUGAAGCAAUCGUGAAGGAGUUUUAUUCGAGAGUGCUUGCCAAUGGUGAUAUUUACCGAGCUGAUUAUGAGGGGCUUUAUUGUGUAAACUGCGAGGAAUAUAAGGAUGAGAAGGAACUGCUUGAUAAUAAUUGCUGUCCAGUGCACCAAAAGCCCUGUGUUUCAAGGAAAGAGGACAAUUACUUUUUUGCACUGUCAAAAUACCAGAAGUCAUUGGAGGAAACUUUGAAUACAAAUCCGAAUUUUGUGCAGCCAUCUUACCGUUUGAAUGAGGUUCAAAGCUGGAUCAAAAGUGGCCUGAAGGACUUUUCUGUUUCCCGAGCAUUAGUUGAUUGGGGCAUCCCUGUACCUAAUGACGAGACCCAGACUAUAUAUGUAUGGUUUGAUGCUUUAUUAGGCUAUAUAUCUGCACUAUCUGAUGAUCAAGAACAGCCUGAUUUACUAAAUGCUGUUUCUUCAGGUUGGCCAGCUUCACUGCACUUGAUUGGUAAGGAUAUUCUACGCUUCCAUGCUGUUUACUGGCCCGCUAUGCUAAUGUCUGCUGGACUAAGCCUUCCCAAAAGGGUAUUUGGACAUGGAUUCUUGACGAAGGAUGGCAUGAAGAUGGGAAAGUCGCUAGGGAAUACGCUUGAACCAAUUGAUUUAGUAAAUAAAUUCGGGACAGAUGCAGUAAGGUACUUCUUCCUCCGAGAGGUGGAAUUUGGCAAUGAUGGGGACUAUUCGGAGGAACGCUUCAUCAAUAUCGUAAAUGCACAUCUUGCCAACACAAUUGGAAAUCUUCUUAAUCGUACACUAGGACUUCUAAAGAAGAACUGCCAAUCAACUCUGGUGGUGGAUUCUACUGCAGCUGCAGAAGGAAAUGCUUUCAAGGACAAUGUAGAGAGCCUGGUUGAUAAAGCUCGUAUUCACUAUGAAAAUCUCUCCCUCUCAUCAGCUUGUGAGGCUGUUAUGGAGAUUGGUAAUGUUGGCAAUUCCUACAUGGAUGAACGCGCACCAUGGUCUCUCUUUAAGCAAGGGGGUGCUGCCUCUGAAGCAGCUGCUAAGGACCUUGUUAUUAUAUUAGAGACCGUGAGGAUUAUCGCAAUUGCACUAUUUCCCGUUACCCCGAGCUUGAGUUGGAGAAUAUAUGCACAGCUUGGCUAUUCCAGGGACCAAUUUGAUGCAGCAACCUGGAGUGACACCACGUGGGGUGGUCUUAAGGGUGGCCAGGUCAUGGCUCAGCCUAAACCAAUUUUUGCUAGGAUUGAAAACCAAACUGAAGUGGAAGACAAAGGGGUUGCAGUGGGGAAGAGUGUUAAAAGUAAAGGGAAGUUGAAACAAGCUCAAGAAGUCGCUGGAGCUUAGAGGCCUUUUCCUGUAUCCGGAUCCUCUCAUGUCAUAUUACAAGACAUUGUAAUGAGAAACCUUCUGUCUAUCUUUCUCUUCAUAAUUAUGCAGAGUUCUAAUUAUUUAAUAGGUAUGUAUAGAGAAAUAGACACAAAAUUUCAAUAUCUCAUGUAAAGUUUCCACAUGAGGAUCUUGAUUUUUUCCCCUUUUCUAAAUUCUUUUAGUUUUCACAAA